AUGAGCCAGAGGUUCACCGUGUCCAAGAGCGACGAUGUCAGGCUCCCCGUGGACAUCCAGGGGGAAGUCAACCUUCUGUUCGAGGGCGACAAGUGUUCGAGCGGAGCCGAGGCUGAAGGCGAUGAUGCAGCUGUGGCUGAAAGAGCCGAAUCGGCGGCGGCGGCGGCGGCGGCGGCGGGGGGGACGGAGGCGUGGACGUCCACGGUGGUGACGAUAAAAGGUGACAAUAACCCCAAGGAGAGCAGCCCCUUUAUCAACAGCAGCGAUGCAGCGGCCGAGAAGAGCCAGCAGUACGACGGCAAGCACAUGGCCCUGUUUGAGGAGGAAAUGGACACCAGUCCCAUGGUGUCGUCUCUGCUCAGCAGCCUGGCCAACUACUCCAACCUGCCGCAAGGGAGCAAGGAGCACGAGGAGGCCGAGAACAACGAGGCUGAGCCGUCCCGCAAGAAACCCGUCAAGGCCCCCCAGCUCGGCACUCUGAUGGGCGUCUACCUGCCCUGCAUCCAGAACAUCUUUGGCGUCAUCCUCUUCCUCAGGAUGACCUGGCUUGUCGGGAUCGGAGGGAUCAUUGGAACCUUUGUCAUCGUCUUCAUGUGCUGCACCACCACCAUGCUGACUGCCAUCUCCAUGAGCGCCAUUGCUACCAAUGGAGUGGUGCCAGCUGGAGGCUCGUACUACAUGAUAUCCCGUUCGCUGGGCCCCGAGUUUGGGGGCGCCGUGGGCAUCUGUUUCUACCUGGGGACCACUUACGCCGGAGCUAUGUACAUCCUGGGUGCCAUCGAGCUGCUCCUGAUCUACAUUGCACCCAAGGCGGCCAUUUUCCCGCUGGAGGGGCUGGAGGGCGCCGAGGCGGAAGCAGCUCUGCUAAACAACAUGCGCGUCUACGGUACCAUCCUGCUCACGUCCAUGGCCACCGUGGUGUUUGUCGGUGUCAAGUACGUCAACAAGUUGGCGCUGGUCUUCCUGGCCUGCGUCAUUCUUUCCAUCUUGGCCGUCUAUGCCGGCGUUAUCAAGACUGCCGUGGAUCCCCCCGAAUUUCCCGUUUGUUUGCUGGGCAACCGCACGCUAGUGUCCAAGUCGUUCGACGUGUGCGCCAAGACGGUGGAAACGGCCAACGGGACGGUGACCACGCAGCUGUGGCGUAUAUUUUGCGAUUCGCCCCUGCUCAACGCCACCUGCGACAAAUACUUUGUGGCCAACAACAUCACUAAGAUCCAGGGGAUCCCCGGAGUCACCAGCGGCCUCUGGACAGAGAACCUCUUUGGGACGUACUACGAGAAGGGCGAUCUGAUCGCCCGGAUCAACAUGGAGUCGGCGGAGGACGUAGACGACCCCCUGACCAACGCCAACCGCUACGUGCUGGCCGACAUCACCAGCUUCUUCACGCUGCUGGUCGGCAUCUACUUCCCUUCAGUGACAGGAAUCAUGGCCGGCUCCAACCGCUCGGGUGACCUGCGCGAUGCCCAGAAGUCCAUACCGGUGGGAACGAUCGCGGCCAUCACCACCACUUCCUUUGUCUACAUGUCCAGCGUCAUUCUGUUCGGCGCCUGCAUCGACGGCGUGGUCCUCCGAGACAAGUUUGGGGAAGGAGUCCACGGGAACUUGGUGAUCGGCACGUUGGCCUGGCCAUCGCCUUGGGUCAUUGUGAUCGGCUCCUUCUUCUCCACCUGCGGGGCCGGACUGCAGAGCCUGACGGGGGCGCCGCGUCUUCUCCAGGCCAUCGCCAAGGAUGGAAUCGUCCCCGCGCUACGGAUCUUUGGACAUGGGAAGGCCAACGGGGAGCCCACGUGGUCCUUGCUGCUAACCGCCCUCAUCUGCGAGACCGGCAUCCUCAUCGCCUCCCUGGACUCGGUGGCUCCCAUCUUGUCCAUGUUUUUCCUAAUGUGCUACAUGUUCGUCAACCUGGCCUGCGCCCUACAGACUCUACUACGGACCCCCAACUGGCGGCCCCGCUUUAAGUUCUACCACUGGACUCUCUCUUUCCUGGGUAUGAGCUUGUGUCUCACGCUCAUGUUCAUCUGCUCCUGGUACUACGCCAUUGUUGCUAUGGUGAUUGCCAGUUCCAUCUACAAGUAUAUUGAGUUUGCCGGUGCGGAGAAGGAGUGGGGUGACGGCAUUCGAGGUCUGUCCCUGAGCGCCGCACGUUACGCUCUUAUGCGUCUGGAGGAAGGUCCCCCCCACACCAAGAACUGGAGGCCCCAGCUGCUGGUGCUGGUGAGCGUGGAUGCCGAGCAGAACGUGGAACAGCCCAGGCUGCUUUCGCUCACCAACCAGUUGAAGGCGGGCAAGGGCCUGACCAUCGUGGGCACAGCCCUGGUGGGCACCUACCUGGACAAUUACGAACACAGUCAGAAGGCCGAGCAGGCGCUGCGUAAACUGAUGGAGACGGAGAAGGUGAAGGGCUUCUCUCAGGUGACCGUGUCGUCCAACCUGCGCGACGCCACCUCCCAUCUGCUCCAGGCCAGCGGCCUGGGCGGACUCAAGCAUAACGCCGUGCUGGUGUCGUGGCCGCGCAAUUGGAAACAAGGCGACGAGCAUCAGACCUGGAGGAACUUUGUCGAGUUGGUGAGAGAGACCACUGCAGCUCACCUGGCCUUGCUGGUACCUAAAAACAUUGCGGCUUUCCCAUCCAACGGCGAACGCUUCACCGAGGGCCACAUUGACGUGUGGUGGAUUGUCCAUGACGGAGGCAUGCUGAUGCUGCUUCCCUUCCUCCUGCGCCAGCACAAGGUUUGGAGGAAGUGCAAGAUGCGCAUCUUCACCGUGGCACAGAUGGACGACAACAGCAUCCAGAUGAAAAAGGACCUGACCACCUUCCUCUAUCAUCUCCGUAUCGACGCUAUGGUGGAAGUGGUGGAAAUGCACGACGGCGACAUUUCGGCAUACACCUACGAGAAGACCCUGGUCAUGGAACAACGCUCGCAGAUGCUCAAGCAGAUUAACCUGACCAAGACGGAGCGUGAGAGGGAGAUCCAGAGCAUUACUGACUCAUCCCGUGGGUCCAUUCGGCGCAAGAACCCAGCCUCUGUCACGACCCAGCUGAGUGUGAGCGAAGAACCGCCAGAGGAGAAGGAGGAGAAGCCCGAGGAGGAGGUGCAGCUCAUCCACGACAACACCACCCCGACCAGCCCCGCUACGGCUGCACCCCCACCGGCCCCGGCCGAGGUGGCCCGGAGCCCCGGGGAGCAGGUUCAAAUGACCUGGACGGAGAAGUGCGACGGCGACGCCAGCAAGCCGGCCGGCGCUGCCACACCGUGCGGCAUCAAGGACAUCUUCAACAUGAAGCCGAACCAGUCCAACGUGCGACGCAUGCACACGGCGCUGCGACUCAACGAGGCCAUCAUGAAGAAGUCCUCGGAGGCCAAGCUGGUCCUACUCAACAUGCCCGGGCCACCCAAGAACCGGACGGAUAUGGAGUUCCUUGAGGUCCUCACCGAAGGUCUCAACCGGGUCCUUCUGGUCCGCGGAGGCGGACGCGAAGUCAUCACCAUCUAUUCCUGA